UUGCCAGUCGGAGAGCUCAAUAAGGCAUAAACUUUGGUGGCUCUUAACAACUCCCACCAACAACAACAUGGAGACUCGCGCCAAGAGCAAGUUCUCUGUCACAUUUGUUGAUGAUAAUCUUGUAGAGAAGAUUACUAAUGGAACCAAUGGACACACAGGAACACCAAUACCUCUAUCUCAGCGUGGCUCUGGCAGACUUACUAUGGGUUCUAGGACCUCUGCUGGAGACACCAUAGAAUUACCCCCACUGCAAGAAAUGGAUGAGGAAGUUGUAGACAUUUUCUAUAAACCAACAGAAUUACUUGGAGAAAGCCCUCUCAAAGGUAGCUCUGUCUUUGGUUUUUGCACACCAAAAAAAAAAUGGGGCAUGCUGGAGAAGGCUGAAUCUGUAAAGAAGAAAUAUGGUUCUCCAUCGACCCCAAAAACUCCUAAAUCAUCCUUGAAGCAGUACCCAAGUACUCCGACAACUCCAAAGAGGCCAAGCACAGAUUCAAAAAGUGGAUUUACAACCCCAAGGAGUACAAGAAGGCUAUCAGGAGUUGUGCAGGAAGUUAGAACACCUUACAGCUUCAGGAAGAAAGUAAAACAGCGUAUUAAUAAGAUUGUAUUCAAAGAAGAUAGUUCUUCUUCUGAUGAGGAAGAUGAUGAUGAUGAUGAUGAUGAUAGCAGCUAUAGUUUGAGUGAGCCUGAAGAUGAAAGUAAGGAAAAUAUUGAUUUUCAAGAAGAAUGUAUUAAGACUCCAGGUAAAACACCAAAGAGAACACCUCUUAAACAUAGCAAGAUCUUAUCUGGUACUCCAGGAAAAAAACCCACUAGAGUCCUAGAGAAAGGUGGGAGAGGCAGGAAAAUUAAAGAUGUAGAAAUGGUUGGUAAGGCAGAUGAUUAUUUUACAUCAAAUGGAGAUACAGGAAAAGUAGUUACUUCAGAUCACACCCUCAGCCGGCUAGAAACUCCUAGAUUGUCACCAGAGGCCUUGCAGUCAAUCCUUUCGAGUGUAGCCACAUCUCAUCAGAGAGAGAGGGAAGCAUUACUUGAGGAACAUAUGCACAUGUUUCCUCGUUGGAUGACAUUUUUGUGUGAAGGCUUCAGUGUAUUUCUGUAUGGUUUAGGAAGCAAGAAGCAGUUGAUCUCAAAGUUUCAGCAAGAAUAUUUAGCCCAAUUUGACCACAUAGUUGUCAAUGGCUUCUUUCCAUCACUCACUCUUAAAAACCUUUUAAAUAACAUAACAGAGGACAUAAUAGAUCACACAGGUAGUUUCCACAGUAUCCAAGAGCAGCUGGAAUUCAUUCAGGGAUUCUACACAAAGUCAAGUGCAGAAUCUUUGUUCAUAAUUAUCCACAAUUUAGAUGGCCCAAUGCUUCGUGGAGAAAAAUCUCAAUCUGCCAUUGCACACUUAGCUUCAAUUCCUCAUGUUCAUAUCUUGGCUUCAAUCGACCACAUCAAUGCUCCUCUCAUCUUUGACAGUAGCAGAAUGAGCCACUACAAUGCACUUUGGUGUGACGCUACAACAUUGGCACCUUAUUCUGAGGAGACAUCUUUUGAAAACUCAUUGUUGGUACAGCAGUCGGGAUCGCUGGCAUUGUCAUCGCUAAUACAUGUCUUCAGAUCAUUGACUCCAAAUGCCAAAGGGAUUUUCCUGCUGCUGGCUCAACAUCAACUUGAUCAGAAGGAUAACUCCAAUUAUAUAGGUCUCUCCUUCAAUGAUAUGUAUCAACGUUGUCGAGAAUUAUUUUUGGUUAAUUCAGAUCUCACUCUGCGUGCUCAACUUACUGAAUUCAGAGAUCACAAGCUCAUACGUUCCAAAAAAGGAUUGGAUGGCAUUGAGAAUCUCGUCAUUCCACUAGAUUCAAACAUAUUGCAUGAUUUUAUAAAUCAACAAGAAUCUGAUAAACUGUCAUAAUUUUACAAAUUGUAUUGAAAUAAUUGUGCCUCUUAUUGGCUGUGUUUUUUGCUUACAUGGCAUACUCUAUUUAUAACAAGUUACUUUGUAAUUUUAAUAUAUUUAAUAGUUUUA